UCUUUUCUUAUAGGAGCAAUUGUUAUGGAGCGACCAAAUGUAAAAUGGAGUGAUGUUGCUGGCCUUGAAGGUGCCAAAGAAGCACUUAAAGAAGCAGUGAUCUUGCCAAUUAAAUUUCCACACCUCUUUACAGGAAAGAGAACACCCUGGAGAGGGAUUCUGCUGUUUGGACCACCAGGAACAGGAAAAUCUUAUUUAGCAAAAGCAGUGGCAACAGAAGCAAACAACUCUACCUUCUUCUCAGUAUCUUCCUCUGACCUUGUCUCAAAGUGGUUAGGAGAAAGUGAAAAGUUAGUGAAAAACUUGUUCCAGCUUGCCAGAGAAAACAAACCUUCUAUUAUCUUCAUCGAUGAGAUAGAUUCCCUCUGUGGAUCUAGAAGUGAAAAUGAAAGUGAGGCUGCUAGACGGAUAAAAACGGAAUUUCUAGUCCAGAUGCAAGGGGUUGGUGUUGACAAUGAAGGAAUCUUGGUCUUGGGAGCGACAAACAUACCCUGGGUUUUGGAUUCUGCUAUCAGAAGAAGGUUUGAGAAGCGUAUUUAUAUUCCUUUACCUGAAGACCAUGCCAGGGCUGCAAUGUUCAAACUUCACCUUGGGUCAACUCCAAAUCUCCUAACGGAAUCAGAUUAUCGAGAGCUUGGAAAGAAAACUGAUGGCUAUUCUGGUGCAGAUAUAAGCAUCAUUGUACGUGAUGCACUGAUGCAGCCUGUUAGGAAAGUGCAAUCAGCUACUCACUUUAAAAAA